AGUCGGUUUUCACAUUAAACGAUCAUUUUAAGGGCGAACCAAUCAAACUGCAAAUUUAUACAAAUUGAUACUAAACGGGUUAUAUUAAUUUUAUAACAAAAAUUAAGUGUGUAAAUAAGUUUGAACGGAGUCGUAAUUAAAACUAAUUGGCUGUAAUAUAGCGCUAAUUGUUUUGUAUUAAGGCGGGUUUUCGCUGGAAUUUUGUCCUUUUUGAUAUUUUUGCUUUUUAGAUUCAGUGACUGUAUUGUUUCAGUGUGUGUUUGAUAUCGAUUAUAAUUUGGAUAUUAGAUGAUGAUUUUGGGAGUUAGGGGUGCGGUGUGUUAGACUUGGAGGUUGAUGUGGUGGUGUUCGGUGGGUUGUGUGGGGCUGGGGGGGAUGGCGGCGUAGGACGGCCGCUGCUGGCCGCGGGGCCAUGCUCAACAACCUCACCGCUACAGCUCUUGGAGGUCACAAAGAGUGCGUGGAUGACAACAAGCCGCACGAGGUGAAGCCGACCCUCGAGCGUCACCAUGCGCUGGGCGCGCGGUUGCAGCUCGCGCACUCUGUUCGCUCCGACCACUUGCAAGGUGGAAUCCACAGCGGCGGUCACAUGGCGACGGUGGGCAGCAUGUCCUCCUCAGCAUCAGACUCUGACAAGCCUGCCAAGCAGAAGAGGCAUCGCACCAGGUUCACGCCAGCCCAACUGAACGAGCUGGAGCGAUGCUUCUCCAAGACCCACUACCCCGACAUCUUCAUGAGGGAGGAGAUCGCCAUGAGGAUCGGACUCACCGAGAGCAGAGUACAGGUGUGGUUCCAGAACCGCCGCGCGAAAUGGAAGAAGCGUAAGAAAAGCACGAACGUGUUUCGCUCGCCUGGUGCCCUGUUGCCGUCUCAUGGCCUGCCGCCGUUCGGAGGCGAUGUAUGCAGCCCCGGCGUGUUCGGCGACCGGCCGUGGUCUAUGCCAGCUGGUCUGGGCCAGCUGUCUCAAGGCGGCGUCGGCAUGGGCGGGUUCGGCGCAGGAGGUCUACCGCAACUAGCUGCGGACCUCAACCCUGCGCUGCCCAUCACCUCCGUGUCCUCCGCACAGGGGUACCAGUCGCAUUACCCUCUCAACUCACUUGGAGACACGAUGAUGUCGUACUGCAACAACCUGGGCGCGCCGGGCGGCGGGGGCGGGGGCGGAGGUCCGCUCGAGGGCUCGCCCACGCCACCGCACAUGCCGCACUGCGGGAACAACAAUGCAUCGCCCACAGCUUCUGGUGGAGGCGGCGAGCAUGGUGAGGAGGAGGUGUGGCGUGGUCACAGCAUCGCUGCGUUGCGACGCCGCGCCUCCGAGCUGUCGGCAGCCAUACCGCCCUACCUGCAGCUCAACUAUGACGCACACAGCCCCGUCUACUGACCGGCGGCCGGGGAAGCCUGUCAUAUGAGCUAUUGCUGAACUAUGUACUCCUGGUACUUUAUAAUCUCGGUUGGACCCAGCGCCUAGAUAUUUUCCAUCAAUCUUUGCUUAAUGCUGUUCUGAAGGGCUAAAAAGGCCAAAUUGAAGCAGUUCAUCUAAAAAGAAAUAUUUGAUAGUUGAUUACAUUGCACACUUACAUAGCAUAAGCUAACGAAUAUAUCCCAAUAAUAAUUGGUCAAAGGUCCAUCCAUCGCAAGAUGAACUAAGUGCCUAUACCUUAUCACAGGCGCAAUUAUCAAAUUGCAAUAUUGCUUUUUUUAGAUGAAUUGAGCCAAUGUGGUUGAGUCCUUUUAGAUCCUCUGUUCUCCUAGUAUUCAUACAAAUCCCUGCCGGGGCCUGACUGACAAGCAACUGAUGAUAUACGUCAAACUGUACUUGCCAUACAGCCUCUUCUGCAGGAAACCAUCAAUACUAGGCUACCCCAUUGUGUUCUGACGUCCCAGUACUUAAAAUCUUGGUCCAUAUUUCUGAAUGGAACUGCUGAAGUUUUGCGCUCCUAAUCAUAUAAACAGUAUGAUCAGUUUACUAACAGCGUGGUCGAAACUUAUUAUUUAUUAUGUGCGUCGAGUAAGGAAAACUCUGUUAGCGCGUUUCAGGCCCGCUACGGUGAUUGGCUGAAUUUGAUUGACGAUAUUAUUAUUUACAUUUUCCUAUCGUCAGUAUUUUCGUAACAAGCACUGUCGCUAUCUCUGAAAAUGUAAACAAAAUCGUGUUAAAACCCCUAAAUAUGACUGGCAACAUUCCUUCCAAUGAAUAAACGAUUCCUGUUCCUAAAAAGUAUACGGGAAUUAUUCACAUUUCACCUUAAAGUGUUGUUUACUUGAGGGUGAAUAUAAAUUUAGUUAUAUUCAGGACUAUUAAUGAAAAUGUUGCAUUAAUUGUGAGCUGUAUUCAAGAAAAUACAUGUAUACGCAUUUGAACAAUAAUAAAUAUAAAGUUAGCAUAGUUUACUACUGAAGCUAUUUAUUCUAAGUAACGAUUAUUAUAAAAUAUUAUUAGUGUUUAAUUAGUAAUAUCGAUGUAUUUACGAAAAAUGUGGUAAUCGAUUAAGUAGAUAUACAUUCCAAUUCAAAGUAGAAUAAAUCAUUGUUGUAGUAUAAAAAAAAACAAUAUUGUUUUCUCUAAAAAUCCGCUAAAGCCAAAAUUUUUAAGUGUGAAUAUGUUAACUGAGUGAAUGUAAACGUCAAAUGUUUUUAUCGAUUAAAAAUAAACUAUCGGAAAUAAUUUAAUAAUGAUAAAACAGCAUAUUCUAACGAGCGAAACAAAUAAAUUAUUAAAAAAUAAUAGUUGAAAAAUAAUUUCAAAUCAUAAACUAGGUGUAAAGUCCAAAGUAUACUUUUGUGUGUAUGAAAUAAAUAGUUAGGAUUAAAAAUACAAUAGGAAAAAAAUAUUUUGGAAACUUGCGGCCACUAUUUUUCAUUAAUUUUGAAGUGGUUAAUAGUUCCUACUUGUUAUAAUUUUAGGUCCCGAUUUCUAUAAUUUUAUUAGCAAUUUGUAUAUUUAUUUUCAUUUUGUAAUAAUAAUUAUUAUUGUCACAGAAUAAUAAAAAAACCGAGGAGAUUUUUCCGUCCGUUAUUUUAUACGUUAAGUAUUGUAAGUAAUAAAAUUACUUUUUGUUCAAUUUUAUUUUAUAUUUUGUAUUAUUAAUUUAAUAUUUCUCGGGUACCUUCAACUCAUAAUUUUAUUUUACAUUAGUGUUAUAUUAUAAGUUUCUGUAUUAGUUAUUAUUAUACACUAAAGCCAAAGUGAUGUAAUUAUUAUAAUUAUACAUUUGGUUUUACGAAAGAGCUUUUGAAACUACAUGAAAACGUAGAUUUUAUUAACAUACCUUCAUGCCAUGUUCAAUCUGGUGUAGACAGAGGUGAGCGAAAGUAAACUGGAUUUAUAACACACUCUUUUAUUUAUGUAUUUUUUUUUGUUUUAUGCAUGUUAUUAUCAACAAAGUAAAUAUUUUUAUGGCCUUAUUACACUACACAAUCCAUCGGACCCGAUGCAUCGGGCAAUGUAAUAGCAAAUCGAGCCACGAUUUCACAAUACAUAUAAAAUUGUCGGGCUCGACGGAUCGGGUAGCAUACAAAUAAAGCCUAUAUUUUGAUAAGUGCUCAUUUUAGUUGUCAGAAUUUUAUUUUAACAUGAAAGCUCUUAAAAAGUACUGUUUAGAGCUAGAUUUUAACGUCACAUUAAAAUAAAAAUAAAGUUUAUUUCUGUCAGAAUCGUUUUUAGUCAUUCGAAAACAUUUAAUAAUUUAAUUAACUACUGGUGCUAAUUCCUGCAGACGUCAUCUAAUUUUAUUUUAAGUUAUAUACCUGUCAUUUUCUUAUACGUUGAAAAAGAAAGGGACGGGUAAUCGACAGGCAUAAAAUUUAUGGAACACACGUCAAUUUUAAGCAAUAAUCUAAAACAACCGUCUAAAAAUUUUACAUGCGCCAAUAACCCGACAGAAUUAAGUAGACAGCACGUCAAACGGAUUGCAUACCAGCGAGAUGCCUAUUUUAUUCGCCCGGGUUAUUCAUUCGUUUUAAAAUUAACUUGUUGACAAUCAUCCGUCCCUUUCCUUUUCGGCGGAUAAGAAAAUGACGGGUAUAACUUAAAAUAAAAUUAGGAGGUGUCUGCAGGAAUCGGGGCCAUUAUCCACCUACAUGGUUUAAUCCCUUUUGUUCUAAUAAACUAUUUUUUGUAUAACUGCGCUAAAUAUCACUUCUCGUAUUAAAGAACUGAAUGUCAGCGUGUAAUGGAAGUCUCGAAGUUUCGCUCGCCCUUCGUUGUAAAGCCCUUAAUGUAUGACUAGCAUAAGUAUUACUAUACAUACAUACAUAAAUAAAAUAGACAAUGUUC